CUCCGCGCCCUGUGUUUUUUCUUUGGCGGGUUAAAGGAAAUGGCGGCUGCGUUAGGGAGCGGGAACGGCGGCGAGAGAGGGCCCCGCCGGAGAGAGAAACCCUCGGAGUAGAGACGCACCCUUCCUCCGGCCCGCGAUCCCGCCCCGAGGCCGGUAGCGCUCCCGGCCCUCAGCAUGAGCGUCUGGGAGAAGGAGCAUCUCUGGCACUGCCUGCUGGCGCUGGGCUUCGAGCCGGGAGCGGGAGCCGCCGCCGCCGCCGGGAAGCUCAGCACCCACCUCAGCCUGGGAGUGAACAUGUUUGACAAGCCGAACAAGGAUGCUUUUCAUGUGGUUGCGCGCUUCUUGUUUACUAAACUGGAUCAUUCACGCUCAGUAGAGGUUUUCCGAUUUUGUUGCCCUCCAGCGGAUAAAAAGGGAGAUGCUGAAUUCAGGAAGCAGUGCUGCGAAUGGCUAAAAAAAAUUUCAGAUGAAUGUGGAAACAGCUUUCCCCCUGUUGUAGCUUCACUAUUUCUGUCUCCUGGUGGUCCUAAAUUUAUUCAUCUAAUGUACCACUUUGCAAGAUAUGUAAUAGUACAACAUAUGAAAAAAGAUUGUGAAGACACCAAUGUACAUUUUCCGGAAGCCGUGAAUUCAAGACCUCAUGACUCAUAUAAGGCAGCAGCAAGAUACAGGGUGGCAUGUAUUAGAUUUUUACGGUCUAUACAAAGGGAAGAUUUUGUAAUUCGAGAGUAUCAAAGAAAAGCACAAUUAUUGACUAAACAAAUAAGAGAUGCAAGAUCUGAAUGUGCAGAGCUGCACAAACUGCUUCAAAAAAUGGAGCAAAAUAACCAAAAGCAAAGUAACAAAGCAGAGAGAGUUCAAAAGGUUCGCUCCAGGUGGGCAUCUGUAAUGGAAACCCUUACAUUCUUGGAAAAGGAAAAAGAAGUUGUAGAUUCUGUUGUUGAUGGUCACGUGGACCAGUAUGCUUUAGAUGGAACUAAUGUCACUAUCAACGUUCCAAGGCUGCUGCUUGAAAAAAUUGAAAAUCAAAUGUACAACUUGCAUAUAGGAAAUAUAUAUGAAGCUGGAAAACUCAAUCUGUUAACAGUCAUUCAGUUAUUAAAUGAAGCACUGAAGAUUUUAAGACAUGAACGUCAACAAGUUGACCAUGAGGCACUAAAAUUAGAUCUUCAGUACAUUGAAGGGAAGACCAAAUUUCAGAAUAAAAUUUUAUUGGGUCUGAAGUUCAUGAGGCACAAACUGAAGCGAGAGGAUCACGUGUCGAUAGUGGAAUCAAUUGCUGAAAAACAAAGAGAUUGGGAUAUGAAGUGGGAAAACUUCCUUGGGCAGUCUCCCUUUAGUUUAAUUAAAGAUCAGAAUCCAGUACUUGAUUUGUUACCAGCUAUGUCUCCUCUUUCUUUUGAUCCUGCAACAGAAGAGGCUUAUAAAAGCAGUGUCUUCUGUAAAUAUCCAGCAUCAAUUCCAGAUACGCCAAAAAGGGAUUGUCAAGCAAAUGACGAUAAGAGAGAGGAUGCAGCAUUGGAAAGUAUCAUGGACACAUCUACAGUAAGGAUGCUCUCACACUUGCAGUCAGCUACACGGAGCUUUCUCACAGCUGAACCCAGCAGUAUGGUACUUGAAAAGGAUGUACAUACUACAACUCCCAAAAGGAAAGAACGGUCGGUUUCUCAAAAAAUCUUAAAAUAUGCAGUUCACAAACCUAGACCAAUAGAAGCUUGGAAGAACGAAGACACUCAUGUACUCCAAUCACCAAGUGCAGUUAAAAGAGAAGAUCCUGUUAAGAAAGCACAAGAGGAACUGGCAGAAGAGGUUGCAGAUGUAGUGGUAUCAGAAUCGACUCAGGGCGGUGGUGGAAAAGGAAUGGAAUUAGAUGACCUAAUUGGCUCAUUGGCUUCUAACCCUUUCUUAACAAGGAAACAGAUCCCACGAACUCCAGAAAAUCUGAUUACUGAAAUUAGAAGCUCAUGGAGAAAAGCUAUUCAAGCUGAAAAUCCUUCAGAUACAGAGUUGGUUCAGACUAAAAUGGUGACAAAAGAAGCUCCAUUGGAUCUAGAGUCUGCAAUUUGUAGCCGAAUAGAUACUAGUAUGGCCUGCUUUAUGUCUUCAUCUCACAUGUCUGACCUUAAUGUUUCUAACUUAUUAGAAGGGAAAUCUUCAUUAAGUUGGAUGACACCUGCACCUAAAAAGCAGUUGGCGGUUAGCCACAUCAGUGAAUCGCCAACACAGAUACCAGCUAAAAGAAUGCCAGAUAACGAAAGAUCUUGGGAGCUUGGAUCAAAACAUACUGUUUCAAGUAAAAGUCUCUCAGAAGAUCCAGAAGAAUCUGUCUUUCCAGCUGUAGAUAAGAGCAUGAAUCCUCUGGAUAAUAGUGCAGAGGAAUAUAUUAAAACAGAUGCUCUAUCACCUUAUCUUUGUCAGAAUUCUUCAAUGCAUACAACUCUGUCGUGGGAUGCUUCUCAAAUGGUAAGUGGUACUAGUUCUGACAGUCAUGAAGUUAUCCAGUUUGGAAUACUACAUGAGACUCUUCCAGAGGAACUUGGCAACAUAAGUCUUAAUAGCUCUAAAAGUUUAGAGACUGAUGAUGAAGUCGAAGGUAAUUCAAGGGAUAGCAAGUCCUUAGCAAACAUAGUGAAAAAUGAUUGGGCUGCUCAAGAAUGCAAACUGGAUUUACAAUCUAUUCGCAACAGGUAUGAAGCACUGAAAAAGACAGUUUUUGGAAAUGAGGCAGAUUCAUUUCAGUCACCUUCUAGAAAACAAUUUCUGAGAUGUGGAUCUGAGAAAAACCUUACUCCAGGAUGCACAGAAACAAAAGAAGUAUUUAGUCCUGUAGGAAAACUCUAUGCAUUGGAUGCAGAGUAUAUCAAGACACCUUCACGCAUGUCUCUUUUUGAAAGAAGGCAUACUCUUUCUCCACUGAUUGCAUUUUCUCCAGUUCAAGCACAAAAGAAACCUAGAGACUUCCUGCAUAACUUGAAGGAAGAAGAGAAUUUGAAGGAGAAGCUGGAUGCAAAAGAAUCCUCAUCAGAUAUAAAGACACGUAAAGAUGAAGCAGUUUCACACUUAAUAGAAUUAUGAUGCACUUGGAUGUGUAAUGCUUGUGUACUAAACAAUUAGACUCAUAAUUAAAAUGCUAUUUGUUGUUUACAUUUUUCAAUCCCAUUUCAGACUGAAAUUCUGCCAAUACGUACAUUUAAAUGCUUAUUUUAACUAACCUGGGAAGAAAUUUCCUUAGUGUACAGUGUCCAUUAAGGCUCAGUUCUUUCUUUGGUUAUUGGUCAGAGGGACUUGGAGAUUUUUGACCAUUGAUAUGAGAAGACUAGUAGUCGGAUGUGUGGAAUCAAACAUUUGUUGGAUUGUGUGGUUAAGUAAUGCACCCUGAAACGCCUGAGGCUGACGCGACUUCCUAAAACAGUUCACAUUUUAAUCUGAAGUAUUAAAUAAAAAUAAAAAAACUAGUCAAGGACCCUGUUGAAAAAUGACAUUUAACCAUGUGCAUUAUAAGGUAUGAAGGAUAUCAUCCUUUAAUUUUUGAAGUCUAGCAAAAUUGGAACUUUAAUUACCACACAAAUUGUGAAGGGACUUUGUAGAAGAAAGAGGAUGGAUUCUUUUAAAGGCCGCCUCCUACGCAAUUCUCUGUUUGGGAAUGACGUUUGCCUCCCAAUAUGACUUGUCAGGUUUAUUUUAUGGAGGCCCUUGUUGGGGCACCAGCUCUGGUACUCUAACUCCACAGCAGCAUGAUUCCACUGGUGGUACCCUUGGUUAUAGCAUUGUUUGUCAGGAGAAAUGAUGGGGCUAUUCAGAAAAGGCCUGGAGACCUUUCCAGGUUGGACUGAAGGGGGAUAAAUUUUUAUCCAUCCUACCCUGUCCAUUGUAAGCCACAGAAAACUUCUGCAUAUUCAGAUCAAGGUGUGGGUAUGAUUUAGCCUAAUUUAUUGACUUGCAAGGGAAGAGAAUGAAUUUGGUAAGAUGGAGCACUGAUGUCUGUGGUCUCCCAUAAACAAACCCCUUGAUUUAAAACUCUGCCUUUAGUUCUACUUGAACAGUCAUGUCCCCAAAGUGUGGAAAGAUUUAGGGAGAGUGGAGUCAAGUGGAAGAAAGGCAUAUGAAGAGUAGGACAAAGGAGUGCUCACAAACACUGUAACUGAGCCCACUAACAAGACCAAUUAGAAAUCCACUUGUGGGUUAAAGUAAUUUAGGAUUUUUUUGUCUAACUUUAGAUUUCAUGUUUGACUUUGUCUUGUGUUUAUUUAAACUUUUUUUAAAUAGUUAAUUAAAAUGAAACCGUUUUCAGUCUUGUUACAGAAAUAUUUAAUUUUAUAAACUUCAUCCUGCAACCUCAGUCUAAGAUUUGUCUACUUGUGUUCUAGGCAAUGAAAUGGGACUAGAUAUCUAAAGUGACUCUGCAUUACUAUGAAAUAAAGAGAAUUAACAGCAUAUUUACUCUAGAAAUCAUAAACUGAGCUCCAGUCUGGCAUUCAGCUGAGGACUUUGUAGAGUUGUCUUUACCAUUCUUAAACACCAGCUACUGUGCUCAUAGUAUACAAAAUGAUAUGUUUAAAUGAAUUUCCAUUUUAAAUGGUCAAAAUAAUUGACACCAAAUGACCAGGAUUUGCUGGAUAAGGUAUUCUUGUAGAAAACAAGCAGGUGCUGUUGGAGCAAACCCAGUAAGAUCUAGAUAAUCUUUUUUGUCUUCAGGAGAAACAAUUGGAUAUAAAGUUUUAAUUCCUAAACAUGUUAGAAGGGUUGGAUUGUUUAAUCAUGGUUUUUUCCAUCAGCCUGCCUAAGAACAGACAGUGUGGCUGCCUCCCUUCUUAUAAUUCUCCAUUGCUAUAAAAAUGCUUACACAAGUAUUUCUUCAUACUUGUUUUGUUUUUUCAAAAUCUGCAUUCCAUGGACUAGGAAAGAUGGAGUUCUCUUCAACAGACUAUGCAAGAGUGAAAAAAUUAAGCCCUUUAUACAAGUCUUUGAGCUCUUGGGUCCCCCAUGUGAAUUUUGCAUUAUGCCUUUGUGAUGGCAGGUGAAUUAGCAAAUGACCAUCACCUACUAAAUUGCUAAGUAAAAUGUAAUCUCAGAAAAGUAUAUUUCCAUCGUUUUGCCAUCAACUUUCUCCUACCACAUUAACUCAUUAGUCCCACUUUACACAGUGAAUUCUGAUGACUGCUAAGUCUGAAUUUGGAAGGCAGAGCAAGACUACUUUCACUAACUGAAGCUGUUACUCUGGAAAAAAAAGUACAUUGUGGGCUUGUGUAUCCUCAAUUUUCAAAUCAGUAUGCAUUGAUCUAAACAAUCAGUCACUCAUUCUGUAAUCCACAUUUAGCUGCCACUGUUGAUGCAUGAAUCUAGCUCACUGUUCGCUAUUAAACGUGUAACUGUCA